GCUGGUCCCUCUGCCGCCGCCGCCGCCCAAAUGGAAGGGAGCGAGGACGGCGACCGCCUCCAUUCCCAAACCCACGCGAGUGAUGAGGCCGUCCGAGUGACCCGCCUCCAUCCCCAGCUUCACGCCCGCCAGGAGGGAAUCCACGCCACUGGCGAGGGCGCCGGAGCGAUCCGUCGCCGCGGAAUCUUCCCGGCGGCGCUGGCCUCGCCGAUCGAAGACGACGACCUCCUGAGGGAGAUCCUCCUCCGUCUUCUGCGGCAGCCCUCCUCGCUCCUCCGGGCCUCCGCCGUCUGCAAGCAGUGGCGAUGCGCCGCCACCGACCCCAAGUUCCUCCGCCGCUUCGGCCUCCACCACCAAAAGCCGCCCCUCCUCGGUGUCUUCCAACAGCGCACCUAUGAUGAUAUCGUCUUCACACCCAUCCUGGACCAUCCCGACCGCAUCCCUCCUCAGCGCUUCAACCUCAACCUCGGUGACUCCGGCAGCCGCACGGAGUUGCAAGUCUUAAUGCUUGAUUGCCGUCACGGUCGCGUCCUUCUCACGAACGAGCCGCCGCAAGACCACGUCAUCGUGUGCGACCCCAUCAUCGGUGAGCAGCGCCGUGUGCAGGUUCCGCCAGAGUUCAAACUAUGCUAUGAUGUCAACUGGGCUGUGCUCUGCUCUGCCAGCAACCAUGACCAUGUGCACGGCAGCUGCCACUCGAGCCCCUUCAAGUUGGUGUUGAUCUCUCCACUGGGAGAGGAUAACCGACUUGCCGCCUGUGUUUACUCCUCCGAGACUGGCAUAUGGAGCAAUAUCAUCUCAACGGCCGUGCCGUACGAGAUUCAUUAUGUUGGUAUCUCUGGGCUGCUUGUUGGUAAUUCACUUUGCUGGUUGCUGGAUCCUAUAAGCGAUGGCAUACUUGAGUUUGAUUUGGAUGAUGAAAGUCUAGCUGUGAUCAGGGGGCCUCUUGUUACUAAUGAUUUCAGCCAUGACAGUCCUUGGAUCAUCCAUGCUGAGGAUGGAGCUCUUGGCUUCGCCGUAUUGUCUUACCAUCACUUGCAAUUGUGGCAGAGGAAUACCAAUUGUCAUGGUGCUGCCACAUGGGUGCUACGGAACACCAUUGACAUGCGUGCCAUUCUUGGGCUCCCUCCCCAGAUUGAAGUAAUGAAGAAAGGUAUACUGGGAUGCGUAGAGGAUGCAGAUGAAAUACUUCUAUGGGUGGGCCGCAGUGUCUAUAUGGUUCAACUUAAGUCAAUGCAGUCUAGGAAACUUUGUGAAAUCAGUCAUUUUACCUACUGUCAUUCUUUCAAGAGUUUCUAUCCUCCAGGCACAACCAUUGCUGGUGGACAUGAUGGAGCUGAAAUGUUGCACGAGACAUAGGAUGACGGUCUGGUUUGAUGUUCUAAUGUGCUGAAACGGUUCAACAGGUGAAGAAGGGAUGCUGCUGUUAUCUGUUGCUGAGUUUGCCGUAUCGUGUCAAUGUUGUUGGCCGUGUUUAUAUAUUAUCUAAAGAAAGACGUAUCGCGCCGUAGUCUAGACUAGAGCAGUAAGAUGCUUUUGAAUACCUAUCGAGGGAAUUUCAGCUUACCCUAGUAUUAUUUCAAGUAGGAUUUCGUUUCAGCCCCAAGUAUCACCAAAACAUGUGUG